AUUUUUCUCGACGCAGCUGACGAUGUAAACAAGAGAAGACAGUCGAGCUCAACAGGGAAAUCGAGCGCACCGGCGACAUUUCGGAUUCAAAGGCACUUUUUUUCGGGGAUUGGACUCGCGAUCCGCCCGAAAUGGGGCUCCCGGUGACCAUAAAAGUCAAUUUUCGAGGAAACGUCAAGAGAUUCCUGGCGGGCGAACUGGACAAGCUGGAGUGGAGCUCGGUGGAAGCCUGGAUUAAAGCGUCAUUCGGAAUUAACCACUUCCAAGUCAAGUACUUUGACGAGGACAGCGAAGAGAUUUGCAUCAACAGUCAAGACGAGUACGAGGAAGCCAUCAAGAGUGCCGAGAAGCAGGGCAACCACCUCAUCAUGAACGUCUACAAAAUGAAGGGACAGGCCUGCGGUGGGCCGCUCAAGACGGAGGUCAAAGAACUGAAGGGCGACCUCCGACCGGCACCCCCAUACCCGUCGCGGGUCAAGACGGUGGACAAGGGCACGCAAGUCACCCCGGAGCGAGAAGCUGUGACCGCCAAGGACAACAAAGGGUCCAAAGCAGAAGAUGAACCUCCUCCCAUGUGGUUCAGAUCCUACAUGGAGAAGUUUAAAGACGAGGUGGUCAAGGAGGUGGUGGAGCGCAUGUGCAGCGACUUCUCGGGCCAGUGUUGUACGCACAAGUCUCCCGCGCCGCCGCCUCCCGAGGCCAGCGGCCCCAGUUGCGCUCCCGUCAUGGGGCCCAGGCCCGGACCCCCCGCCGCCACCGUGGGGCCCAAGCCGGGCCCCUCCACCUCCAGCGGGUCUCUCGGUUACACCCCAAACUGCAGCAGCUGCAACAAACUCACCUCUGAAGGAGCCUACAAGUGCAGCGUUUGCCCGUCCUGCAUCCUGUGUGAGAUGUGUCGGCACAGCCACGACCCCAGCCACAACCUCGUGAGAACCAAGACGCCCCUGUCCAUCCCCGAGCACGGCAUGUCGGGAGAAUUGAGGUUCCCACGGCGAGGAGACAGGACGGUGCGCAAGGCCGAACGACAGCGCCUCAAAGCAGAAAGGAGGCAGCUGCGAGCCGAAGUGAAGGAAAUCAAGAAGAAACUGAGAUUGGAAAAACGGGGCAUGCAGUGGAGCGGGCCCUCUACCUCGGGCCGAGCCGCCGCCCUGACUAACACGGCCUCCGCCUCCACCCAGGCCCCCGCCCCGCUACCCCCGCCCGCAGCCUCAGACACAGCCUCAGGUCCCGUCCCCGCCCCGGCCCCCGACCCCCAGGCCUCCAGUCCAGAGGGUCCCGGGGCCUCGCACUCGUCCUUGCUGCCCACUAUGGCCGCCUUGUUUCUGGAUGAAAAUCUGCCGGACGGCACCCGCCUGGAGCCCGGCACCAAGUUCAUCAAAUACUGGAAGAUGAGGAACUCGGGCACUAUCGACUGGACCCCCGAGACCAAGCUGGUGUUCAUGUGGGGCAACCUCGGCCUGGCGUCGGAGGAGAGGAGGUCGGUGCCCGUCCCCCUUCUGCUGCCGGGCCAAGUGGGCGUGGUCAGCGUGACCUUUGUGGCGCCGGUGAUGGAGGGCACGUACACCUCCCAUUGGAGGUUGGCGCACCGCGGCCACCAGUUCGGGCCGCGCGUGUGGUGCAGCAUCGUGGUCGAGCCCGGCAAUGGCCUCAAUGCACUUGAGCAGCACCGGAAGCGACUGAGGGAGCAGAUGAGGCCGGGAGCACAGGACGAGGCAGUCCGCUCCAAGGAGGGCUUGUCCGUGGACAUCAGCCACAACGGCUUCUUCCUGCCUUACGUGGACCUGCUGACUGCUCAGGAUCUUUUGUCCUUUGAGUUGAUGGAUAUAAACAUUGUGCAGGAGUUAGAGAAGGUCCCCAACAACACCCCCGUGGAUCUAACACCUUGCAUCUCCCCUAUGCCCCACGAUGCACCAGUGCCGGAGAAGACACUCACCGCACAGGUCAAAGACGACACACAGGUCACAGGCGUCCGAAAGGUUUUUGUCGGAAAACCGAGGCACCCGAGGGAGCAGCCGUGGGAGGCGGCGGCCCCGGACGAGGAGCGCGAGGAGGAGAUCAGCGGCGCUCAGUUCCUGUGCGAGACGGUCAUGCGCUCGCUCACACUGGAGGAGGCCCCCGACCACAGGCCGCUGCGCAGGAGUCAGCAACAUGCCGGCCGCCAGGCGCAGGUUGUCUCACGCGGUCCGAGUUGCGGCGUUGAGAAGGAGCCGCCGCCUGCGAACGGCGAGCAAGAAGGAAAUGAGAUUUGCGCGCUAACAAUACCAGCUGCGUCGGAAGCGCCUGGCGACGGCCUGCCUGCUGAUGACGAUGAGGACGAUGACGAUGAAAAUGCGAAGGAUUGUAAGGAAGAGAAAGGGGACGACUGGGAUGAGGUGAGCAGCCAAACAUCGUCGUCGUCCUCCUGCGACGACUUCAUCAUCGUCCUCCCCGACUGCUUCGACACGACUCGUCCACUCGGCGAGUCCAUGUACAGCUCGGCCAUGUCGCAACCCGACGCCGUCGUCACGGCCACGCUGGCCAGCCCCGAGCCGUUGCGCGAGGAAGACUACGCAUCAGACGCCGGCGGGGCCUCGCCACCUCCGCCGCCACCGGAAGAAGAGGACAACGUGGAUGACGUGGCGCAGAUGGAGAAUGACGAGGACCUGGAAUGCGACGCCGCGCCCUCGCCCGCUCUCGCCAUCCACACCAGCGUCAACCAGAUGCUUUGCGCCUCGCAGUCUCUGGACGCCGCCACGCUUAUCCCGGAAGUGGUCCCCCCGCCGCCGGCUAUCUACUCGCCCAGGUCAGAGGCGUUGUACCUGGCGGAGGAUGCGUGUCACGCAGUCGAUGAAUCGCACACGCCGAGGGUCCCCGCCAGUGUUUCAUCGGGCCUGUCCAGAUCGGCAGGAUCAGCAUCCAGCGCCUUUGAGACGUACAACCCCAGACCCAGCAACGCACUGCAGCCCAGGGCUCAAGGGGGCCUCACCGAGGGCCUGGUCAAGGGGGCCCUCUCAGUGGCGGCGUCCGCUUAUAAGGCUCUAUUCACCGGGCCCAACUGUCCCAUACAGCGCGGCGUGGACCCGGCGGCGCGCCAAGACCCCUCCCUCAUGGCCAUGCUGCUGGAGAUGGGCUUCCGAGACCGGCGUCUCAACCAGCGUCUGCUACGCAAGCACGGCUACAACCUGCUGCACACCGUCAACGAGCUGGUGCAGAUGGCCGAGGACGCGCCGCCCGCACGUGCCGUCCAGGCACCCCACUGACAAGAAGGCGCGCACGCGAUGAUGUUUUUUUUUUGUUGUUGUUUUUUUAUUAUUGUCUCUCCGAUAUCAUGUUGAGAUAUAUUUAAAGGGUGAGCAGAUUAUCGUCGUGUUCAUUUGGACCAAGCGUGAUAGUGAAGAGCUGCUCGUAGUUGACUCCGAUUGCUGGUUAGCUUUCAAUGCGGGACGAAAAUUGACGUUUUAGUGUUUUUAUACGGAGGGCUUAUUUUUUGUGAUGGAGCUCGCGCUAACGUCCCUUUUCCACUGCAUGGUCCCUACAAGACAUGUCGGCACAAAGUACUAUUUCGGGCUCAGACAGGGUUCCAAAUGAAUGCUUCAUGUUAGCUUGAUCCACAGUCUCCUUUUGGAUCACGUUUUCCUCCUUUACUGAGAUAAGUACUAUCUCUUUAUUUUCUAGUAUUUCUUCAGACAGGGUUCCAAGUGUGAUGGUCGAAAAAUUGUAAAAAAAAAAAACAAAACACAUGCUUGUGUUAGCUUGAGCAAUAGCCUCCACUAGGCUGCAAAAAAGCCCUCAGUCUCCUUUUAGAUCAAAAUUUUCUCCUUUACUCGUGGUUUUCUCAACAGGGGUGGGGGGCUGGUAUGUCGCAGUGGAAAAGCGACGCGAGUAUGAGCGAACCGUUGAAUGUCGGUAGAAAAAGCGCAAAUAGCAAGGCCACCUUUUCUCGUGUAACCGUAGUCCACUUUGCCUAAACAAUGCAAUCUUUUUGUAUCCGAGUACUGUUCUCUUUUAGACAUUGACGUGUGGAAUGUAAUACACAGAAUAUAUACCUAAAUAUAUAAUCACCGCGGGAGUUUCGAGUGGUGUUCCGGUGGUCCGCUUGACGCCUUCUUCCCGCCGUUUCACCAAAAUCUAGCAAAGCUCGUAUUAGCAACCUUGAGAUGUCUCCGCAAAACAACACAUUCCUCAAUCUCCAUGGCUAACCGACAUCUUUUAUUAUUCUUGCUGUCAUUGUCAUUGCCUUAGUUCAUCGAGUUGCUUGUUCCGCAUUGUGUGGUUUUGGAGCAGAUUCCUAUUCUUUUAUCGGCGCGAGUGUGGUUUGGAGGUUUACCGUGUGUCGUGUUGUCCCGUUUUGUGCUGAAUGUCAAAAGAGUUUUGAAAAAGUUCCGCUUGUCACAUCUUCUGCAAACACUUUUCUCAACCCCUCUGCUGUAGAUUCCAAAAUAAACAAUUUGCACAUGG